GGUAGUAAUCUUAUUAGAACCAACUAACAUUUGAUUAUAGAAGGAGCACAGAUAGAAUCGUAGGGGGUAUCUUGAAACUGACGUCACCAAUAAUUAUGACUCUUGGUACAUACACAGAAACGUCAAAAAUUGUAACCUUAAGUACUGCAUUCAGGGAUCAAGUUCUGAUCCAAUAGCCGGAACACUCUAGGGCUGCUAGUGGCACUGAACAUUGAAUAUAGCACCUAGACCUGCUAACUAGCAGCUAUCAAUUACCCCGCCAAUCAACACUCUAGGUUACAUCUUUUACUUUCCUUCACUUUAUUCAACAUUUUCAUAAACCUUUCGCAUAGCAACACUGCUCUAAAAUAUCAAGAAAUAUUCAUAGGUAUCCUUCAAUGUGUAGCCAUGUCUGAUAAUCUGGAUUCGUCCGACCCCGAAGAUCUCUUCGCAUCGCCCUCUAGAAAGCCUACCCCUAGAGUAUUGCCAGAUCGCCCCAAGACACCUUCGAAUCCUCCCCCUCCGUCUACUAGUCGCUACGAUGAUUCCGAAGAAGGACGCGAGGCGAACCUGCGCCGUGAACUUGAAGGCGUCCGGAACAUCAACGAAUUAAUCGAGGGCGUGGUCGGGACCCUGGAACGGGCCAAGGGCAACAUGAAUACCGUAUCGAACACGGUUCAGACAGCAUCCACCCUCCUCAACACCUGGACGCGUAUCCUCUCGCAAACCGAGCACAACCAGCGCCUCCUGCUCAACCCGACUUGGAAGGGCGCGAGCCAGGACCUAGCCGAGGUCGAAGCCGAAGCGCAACAGAAAGCCCGCGAGGCCGAGCGCCGCGCCGCCGAGGAGGAACGCCGACGCGCUGAAGCGAGGCGCCGUGCCGAAGAAGACCAGCGCCAGCGCGAGGUCUCCGCGUCUUCGAGUGGGCGUACUGCUAGCGGCACGAGGGGCACGGCGCGCGGGAGAGGGAGACCCGCGGGUACGAGGGGUAGGGCUACAUCGACGGGAAGAAGCGUGUCCGCGUCUGCAUCCGCGGCUUCGACGAGUCGGCCUGGGUCUGCUGCGGAUACGAGCACGGCUAGUGGCAGAGGCGCAUCGGGGAUUGGUAGGGGCUUUUUGAGAGGAAAGUCGCGAGGGCCGCGAGGAUAUUAGGAACCAAAAACGGAAAGAAAGAAGGGCAUAAGAUGAGAUACAUUGCGAUAUCUCGUUGUACCGGAUUUUGAUGGAUUAUCUAUGUACUCACUCCUUAGUGACGAUACAUACCUACGAGGUACCUACUGAGUAGGGAGAUACAUAUGUAGGUUUUCCACGUACGAAUGACGAAGGCACGAUGUUUAUGAUACACACUCCUUG